AUGUUAGAAUGCUUUAUAAAAGAGUGCGACUCGAGCUGGAGGCUCAGUCCGCUCUACUCAACGAUGUCGGAAGUCGCUGACGAAUACCCAGUUGAAGAUUCUUGCUUGAUCGAUAUGGAUGCAUGCUACGAAACAUUUGAUAAAGAUGGGGACGGUCAGCUGAACUUGGAGGAGUUCCGUCUGAUCUGCAAGGCUCUGUUCCGUAACGACAAGGGGCACAUCUACCCGCUGUCCGAGGAGCGCCUGCGGCACAUGUUCCAGGUGUUCGACAGGAACCGGGACGGAGCCAUCGACCGCGAGGAGUUCGCCUUCUGCUGGAACCACUGGAUUAAAGUUAUAGUACGACCGACGAGCGCCUUCCUUAUAGUCGACGUUCAAAACGACUUCAUCUCCGGCACUCUCAACAUCAGCAAGUGUAACGCCCAACAAGACGGAUCUGAGGUCGUGGAGCCCAUCAACUGGUUGCUGUCAACUGUUCCAUUCGACUGCGUGUUCUACUCCCUGGACUGGCAUCCUCCAGACCACGUGUCAUACAUCGAUAAUGUUCACAUGAGGGAGCUCCAUCCUUCCAGCCCGGUGUCAGCAGACAAAGCCCAGGCCUACGACACGGUGGUGUUCGCUGGACCACCACCGAUGAAGCAGAGGCUGUGGCCACGGCAUUGUGUUCAGGAUACUUGGGGCGCGGAGUUGCAUAAGGAUCUGAAGGUUGUGGAAGGAGCCGUGAUGGUAUACAAAGGUACCAACCCUGAGGUGGAUUCGUACUCGGUGUUUUGGGACAACAAGAAGUUGACAAAAACCAGUCUUAGCACUCAACUCAGGGAGAGGAACGUCACCGACAUUUACAUCUGUGGACUGGCCUAUGAUGUGUGUGUUGGUGCAACAAUAGCCGAUGCUCUAGCCAUAGGCUACCGUUCGGUCUUAGUGGACGAUGCGUCGAGAGGCGUCGAACUCGCUGACAUCGAGCGAACCAAAGACACUAUCGUGUCCAACAAUGGAGUCAUAGUAGACUCUCAUCAGGUGUUGUCGAUGGUGGAGGGUCGCGACCGUCGCCCGGAGCUCGGCUACAAGCUGGCCAUGGAGCUGAAGACGGCUCUGGAGGAAGACAAGUGA